UUGAAGAAGUGUUUACAUUUUAAGAGAUCAAAACUAUUGGUAGAUUAAGAAAUAUUUUGUAUAAGAAAAAAUUGUUUUUUAGAAGACAUAAUUAUGAAAAGAAGUUCAGAAGAAAAUUUUGUACAAGAUCAAACAAAGAGGAUUACCUCACCAUUAAUGUCGGCACAAUAUCUUCCACAAGCACAAACACAACAGUCUCCACCAGCAUUGUCACCUUAUCCAUUUCUUCCAUAUCCAGGGAAUUUAAUAUAUACUAGACCACCACAGUGGCCAUCCAGAUAUGAUCAUCCUACAAAUUUACCUCCGCCUCCAAUUGUACCCCCACCAACGCAACCACCUCCACCGCCGGUUAACUCAAAUCUUAAUCAAUUACCUAUGCCAAUAUUUGACUUAACACAACCACCACCACCUAUAAGGCCGAACAUGAAGGCAAUUAAACCAAAUUCAAACUGUUUAUCAACUUCAAAUAUGUUACCUGGGAUAAGUCCUGGAAUGAGUAGGAUACCAAAUCCCUGUGUUAUCCGUCCGCCUUUGCGUGGUAGAGGAGUCAAUUUCCGUGGAUUACAAGUUCGCUCAAGAUCCUUGCUUAAUUUAAGAAAUGUUACACCAAAUACCGUACAGCAAGUAAAUCCAAAUACAAAUCUUGAAGAUCCGGACGGUAAACGAAUAUUAGUAAACAGAAAAUCAAAAAGAAAACCUAUGUCUGCAAGAUAUAUGAGGUCCAAAGAAUGGGAUCGAGAUGAUGCAGAGAAAGCCUUAGCAUUGGAAAAUGAAUUUAAUAAAAUGCAACGAACACCAAUGUUGAUUUUGAAAUUUCCUGAUCCAGAUCUCAAUAAACAAGUUGUUAAAAAAUAUUCAACUGCUAUCGAUACGGUACAUUUUCAGCAACCAUCUACCCCAAGGUACUGCUUUGUCACUUUAAAAGAUGGUAAUGAUAUAGAAAAAGUUCGAAAAGAACUUUGUGAAAUUCCUUUUGGUACAGGAAAAAUUGUUGCAGAGCAAAAAUUUCCAUCUAACGAAGAAAAUCAAUCGGUUUUACCUGAAGAAAUUGACCCAUAUACAUUAUAUAUUGGAAAUCUUCCGACAAAAGUAUGUGUAAAAACCGUCAAAGAACAUUUUCCAGGAGCAGCAAGAAUUGAUAUUGGUUAUGCUCAACGCAUGAAAUAUACUCGAUAUGCUUUUAUUCGUUACAAUAAUGUUGAAGAUGCUAUGGAAGCUUAUAAACGGACAUACAACACACCAAUAGGAAAUCGAAGUUUAAUAGUUCGUUUUAGGAGAUCCAAGGGUAACAUAGGGUUACCGGGAGAAUCGAGGAUUCCUAAUGCCCCAAAGAAAUUGCAAGAGGCCAUAAAGGGAGAGAAUAACUCUAAGGGAACGACAACAAAAAUCCCCAAACCUAGUGGUGAUAGUGCAACAAAAACCCAUUCAGAUGAAAAGGAUGAACAAAAUGUUUUAUUUAAUUCCGAUGAAUAUGAAGAAGAAGAAGAAGAGGAUGAAGAUAGUAAAGCAAAUUUCUUCGACGAAGCCAGAAAAAUAAGACUAAAUAUGAACCAACAUUUAAAACAUUAUCACAGAUCACUUCCUAUUAAACAAGAAUACAAUGAUUAUGAAGAUAUGUUAAAUUCACCAGAACAAAAUCGAAAUAAAAACAAUUCGAAUCAUGUAUCAGGUAAUUUACUUGAAAGUAGAAUCAAAGAAGAACCAAUGGAUGAUGAUGAGCUAUUAGCUUGUGCUAGAACGUAUAAUAUGGAUGAUGAUUUUAAUGUAGACGAUGACUUUGAUGAUGAGGAACCAGAAGAAGAGGAUGAUUUCUUAGACAAUCAAGCUGAACAAAAUAUUUUCUCAGAUCCUCCAAAAUUUGAGAGAACAUCUAUGACACCAAUAUCUAGUAAAUCGAACGAAACCGAAAAUUCUAGGCUAUGUAAUUCCUUUACCGAAGUGGAUGUGAAACCAGAUUUUUCGACUUUACCACCACUUCCAUACACUUCUUCAACAUAUGGUUUUAAUUCCGGUAAAUAUCAAUACACUAGGAACCAAACAAAUAAUUACGGGCUGAGAAUGAAUAACUUUAGUAGACGUAAAAAUGAAAAGACUGGCAAAGAUAAUGAAAAGGAUGAUGACGACGAAGACGACAUCUUUGAUGACCUCAACGCAGACGAUGAUUUAGAUGAUAUUGGAGACUUUUAGUGGGAUGUAUUUCUACAGCAUUUUAUUUCUAUUUAUUUUUGCUUUUAACUCAACUUGCUGACUUAAGUUUUUAUUUAAUAUUAUGAAUUCAGAGCUAUUUAAUUUUUUAUUUUAUUAGUAAUUACAUAUGACUUUAUUUUUGCUAAAGUUGAUCAUUAUAACUUUUUAAGUGAUAAAGAAAUAACAUAAUAUUAAUUUAAGUUGUAGUGUUCGUAAAAUCCAAAUAACAUAUUAAUUUUAAUAUGUUUCCGUCUUAUUUAAGUAAAAUUUGAUAAAUUGAAAACAAG